AGCAAAGCACACCUGCCUGAGCUAAAAAAAUUUAUGGACAAGAAGCUAUCAUUGAAAUUAAAUGGUGGAAGGCACAUUCAAGGAAUAUUACGGGGCUUUUAUACAUUUAUGAAUCUUGUGAUUGAUGAAUGUGUAGAAAUGGCACCAGGUGGACAACAGAACAAUAUUGGAAUGGUGGUAAUCCGAGGAAACAGUAUCAUUAUGUUAGAAGCCUUGGAACGAGUAUAAGGAAUGAAGCACUGAUGUAGAGUGAAUGCAAAGACUUUGAAU